AAGAAACGAGACGGGCACCUCGGCGAGCCACGAGCGCGGCUACAUCCGGCCGAGCACGGCGGGAUUCGCGACGGGCGAGUUCCGCUUCGACAUGGAGGAGGACCAGCGACCGCCCAUGUGGAGCUGGAAGCGCAUCCUAGCGGUCUGCCUUCUGGCGGUGGUGUUGCUGGUGUCCUCCUUCCUGGGCGGCUACUUCCACGGUAUGCAAACAGGCAAGAGGACAAGGGACCAGCAGGGAAACAUUUCGGAGGAACUGUUUGACUCGGAAUGGCAGCGGCUGCCCUGCGUAACCGAAGAUGAUGUCUGUCCCGAAGGGUUCACCGAGCCUCCGUUGAUCUUGAUUUCGUUGGAUGGCUUCCGGGCCGACUACCUAUCUCGCGGCCUGAACCCAUCGCUGGAACGCCUCGCCCAGUGCGGCGUCAAGGCGCCAUUCAUGCGCCCGGUGUUCCCGACCAAGACUUUCCCCAACCACUUCACCAUAGUCACGGGUCUGUGGCCUGAAUCCCACGGCAUCGUGGACAACAAAAUGUACGAUCCCGAAUUCAAGACGCUCUUCAGGAUCGGAAACAUCGAGUCCUACAACGGACGCUGGUGGGAAGCAGAACCUAUAUGGCUGACAGCGGAGAAGCAAGGUAAGCGCGCCUCCACGUUCUUCUGGCCAGGCUCGGACGUGGAAAUUAAGAAUAGCCGGCCGAGCGAAUUCUUCAAGUACAACGAGAUGAUCCCGUGGCAGACGCGCGUGGAAGUGCUUCUCGCGUGGCUCGACCUGCCGGCCGAGCGUCGUCCGUCGCUGCUGACACUGUACGUGAACGAGCCGGACAGCGCGGGCCACGACCACGGUCCUCACUCGGCCGCCGUGGACGAGGCGCUCGAGCUCGUGGAGAUCAUGCUCGACCGACUGAUGGCCGGCUUGCAGGAAAGGCGCCUACUGGGAUGCGUCAACCUGCUCGUCGUCUCGGACCACGGAAUGGCAAGUACCAGCUGCGACCAGGUUAUCGCGCUGGAGCACUUCAUUGACCCGGGUUCGGUGUAUUCGCUGGUGGGACCGACAGCCCGGUUGCGACCCAAGCAGCCGGGAGACGUAGCGCAGCUCGUGGAAGCGCUGCGCUGCCGCGACAGCCACCUUCUGGCAUACGCUAAGGAAAGGCUGCCCAAGCGAUAUCACUACUCGGACCACCGUCGCAUCGAGCCCGUCGUGCUCGACAUGGACUCCGGCUACCUCGUGCUGAACCGCGAGGCCGACAAGAACCCAGCGUUGUGCAACGGUGGUUCGCACGGCUACGACAACAUGGCGCCCGGCAUGCAGUCGCUGUUCGUCGCGCACGGCCCGGCCUUCCGGCAGAACGUCACCGCCAGGCCGUUCAGGAGCAUUGAGCUCUACGAACUCAUGACGGAGCUUUUGGGUAUCGAACCCGAGCCUAACAACGGCACCCGCGGGACGCUGCACUACCUGCUGCGGAAGCCCAAGCCCCUGCCGGAGGAGCCGUCGAUGAGGACGCCUGACAUGUGCGUCGUCGACGGCAGCGAACUUGGCGAAGGAGACAAGGAGGACGGUUGCAUGUGCAGAAACACCGUGCGCCCUUCGACAGCACCGGACGCCUUACCGCGACACACGCCCUGGGGGCUGCCUUCCCAGGAAGGCACCGAGGCUGAGUCGGAGAUGUCGCCCUGCCUGCUUUCAAACAGAGACUACGUAACGGCCUUCGACAGAACGCUCAGGCUGCCGCUUUGGACAGCGUUCACGCUCAACGGAAAGCACGAGCACGCCAUCGCGAACGCAUGCUGGGAGCGUGACGCGCGGUUGAAGGGCGCCGACCUCAGCUGCCACGAUUACGAGACCCUGGCCACGAGGUCACUGACCAAGGAGCCACUGUUCCCGCCAGAGCUGGCUUCGUCCCGUGCCGAGCAGUCUGCGGUGUGGCUGCACUCGAACGCGCUGCCUUUCUACCACAACCACUCGGCGGGCGUGCGACGCGAGCUGCUGCGGCUGGUGCAGCUCUGGGAGGCGCGCCACGGCUCGCUGCACCUGGUCACCGGGCCGGCCUUCGACCUGGGCGGAAAUGGACGCAGGCCGCCGCUGCACAUGCUCAGGGCUGUCGCGGAGGCGGACGGCGUUCUCAUGCCUCCGGUGCCAACGCACGUGUUCUGCGUGGUGACGCGCUGCCUGUCCGAGGGUGUCCCGGUGGACCGGUGUUCGGCCGAGAAGCUGGACGCGGCCGCCUUCCUGCUGCCGCACCUCCUACGCCCCGAGAACUGCCAGCCGUGGCAGCAGUACCUGCUCCAGCACUCGGCCACAGUGGGCGACGUCGAGCUGCUCACCGGACUGCGCUUCUACCGCGGUCUGCCGCGUUACGAGCGCAUACGGCUGCGCACGGCCAUACCGCAGGCACUGUGGCCUGCACCGUGAGACUCGAGCCGGCUGCGGCUUGUCCACGGCGCAACGAACAUUGGUGAACUGUUCAGUAAGGCUUCGACGGGGGCUAGUCGGUAUGGCAUCGUUCCUUUGCUGCGGUAUACUGGUGCACCUAAUACACCAGGAUACUUAUAAUACACCAGACAAACGAGAAGACACAAAUAUGUCCUAUCUUCUCGCUUGUCCUGGUGUAUCAAUAUAGCGCAGAAAAAGGACGAUUUGUAAACUGUCUCGCGAGUGCGAUGUGUUCAAGCUUAUCCGUAUGACGCACUUACGCGUUGUGGAAUACCGGAUCACCACUGAUCCUGGACAGUAGCAACGCUGAUAGCGAAACGUGUUAGAAACAUAUUCGUAGAAGGAACGAACAUUUUUAAAAACUUCAUGUUGAAUUGAAGUUAUACUAGCCAACAUCACGAUCUCCAUAAGGCCCGCCAUAUUGGCGGACUCCAUACAUGUUUCGAACAGCUGGAAUGUCUUUAGCCUGUGUCUUUACACGAGCGUUUUGGCGCCUAUUUUUGCUAGGAUGACUUUCUCUAUCGAAAGUUGGGUGAAACCUUGUUACUACGAAGCUUUUUUCUUUUGAUGCAGCGCCUUCAGAGGCGCUGCAUCAUCUUGUUAUUCGUGCCAGUUUGUUUUCACAUAUAUCAACAUGGCGGCUUUCUUCGUGUCAAUGCAUGGAUCGUGCAGAUUUGUUGCUCCUCUUCAUGUUUUCGUUUUACUUCUCGCCAUGCGCUCAGCAGGAGUAUUAUGGUAUCGAAACGAUGUAUUUUCAUUAUUAUAUGACUCUAUCAUAAUACCCUCUCUACCAGCGCCAUUUCGUGUCUCAAAUUGUGAUAACACGGCCGAUGUACUUAGUCAAUGUGAGCAGAGCUGAUUGUAUUGUAAUCGUAUGAGUCGUUAUUCUAUGUUUCCUGUAAUGUUUUUAUAUAAUAUAUGGAACUGCACAACGUAUAUUUUCCUAAGAACUGUAUGAAAAACAUGGGAAACCAUCGUAAUGGAACACGGAACGUUUAUUUAAACUAAUUUUUUGUCAUUUUUUUGUUAUUAUCAAGAAGUGCGGGCUCACAUGAAGACCCAAAGAUCUACAUCAGAGGCAAUGUUGUUAAUAACUGUGAUGCAACUUGAGUGUCUGGGCUUGCUCCUUCGAAAGUCGUGUUGAUAUUUGCUUCGGUUGAGUGUCACUUACAUCGAUCGUCUCCUGUAUUCCUUAGACGAGCAAACAGUGAAUGCACUCCCCACCUACGGAUGCCCACUGUUCUCUUUGUGGCCGUCAUCGCUUUAGCAGCAAAUUAUUCUGGCUGCCGCUUACCUCAUGGUAGGCCUUGAUGUGCCCGACCUGUCUGUACACUGCUCACGUGCCCUGACCUGAGUGUUGAUCAGGCGGCCUUCGAAAGACUGGAGCUGGGCGCCAGGUGGAGGCUAAUGAGUUUUUGACAUAUUCGACGUCGUAGUGUUCAAAUAAAGUUGCCUCCAAAU